AUGUGCCUAUCCGAUAUAGCUCUGGAUUUGCUUGCUAAGGACCAUCUUAGUAAAUCUGUUGUAACCGAAUCAUACAACAAUGCAUUGAAUCGCCAGUGGAGCUCGUUCCUUUGCCUUCUUGCAUUGUCAAGUGCAAUAAGCCUUCCAAUUGAGGCAUACUUUCCCAUCCCAACAACAAAUGAAAGCACCUCCGAAGAGAAGAAAGAUUCUUUGUCAACAAUGUUUAAUUGCACUAUUCAGCCACGAGUAACAACUAAAUUGAAUUCUGAUGAGAGGAUUCACAUUUUUCGGUGUGCACUGAUGCCAAUAGAUUAUUCUGUGGUGAGUAAAAUUCCUGCAUGUAAAAACUAUUACGUUGCCCUUUGUAAGCCAAAAGACAACAUCAGUGACCCGACCUGCAUUCAGACGUUUUUUAUAAGCCUGUUCUCUCCGGUAUUGAUGCAAGUUCGACCGAAAUAAGGAAGACCCCUUCAUAUGCUGGAAAAAUAUCACAGACAUUGUCUGCUCCCCAACCCUCAUCUGGCCAUCAACCUUCAUCCGCUCUGCAACCUUCAUCUUCUGGUACACAAAAAGUUUUAAAAAAGCGAGCUGUUCUUGAUAAUUUAUUUCCAAAGAAAAUAAAGUUCGCCAAGCAAACUGGUGAUGAAGAGGCUCAAAUUCAUAACCAACAACCGAAGAAAUGGCCAAGCAGCUCGCUGGUACAAAAAGACAUUCCCACAGACAUUGCCAAUUACGCGAACGCAUCCUCGUUAACUGAUGAACGAAAGUACCACGUUCUUUGUAUUGUUUGGAGACCAUCGGCAACGUACACGUUUCCAUUGGACAACGACAAAAGAAAGUUCCGUUUUGAAUGGUUGAACUUAUUCCCGUGGCUUGCGUAUUCACAAAAGGUGGAUGGAGCCAAAACUAUUUUGAUUCACAACCUCUACAUUGCAAUUAAUCUAGGACACUUGUGA